AUGGACGGAGCUUCCACCUAGGGGCAUAUAUGGCUAGGCAUAUCAGCAUUGCAGCGGGGUAGGCCAAUCCGAUCCCGCCCGACUGUCCUGGCAGGAACAGAUGCCCAUCCGCCCCACUCUAACUUGACCCUCCUUGCUCGAUCUACAACCUCACUUCGUACUCUACAAUUCCAAUCGGGGAUGGCAACGACGAUGGACACCGGCAACGAUCACUUCCUCGGCGUCGACGUCGGCACCGGGAGUGCUCGCGUCUGUAUCAUUGAUGGAACGGGGGAAAUCAAGGGCGUUGAAUCGAAAGAUAUCAAGACCUGGCAUGAAAAGGCGGAUUACUACGUACCCUCCUCUCUCCUCCCUCCUCCCUCCCGGCUUUCGGCCGGCGGAUUGGUUAAUGGACCCUGCAGGAACAAUCCACGGAGGACAUCUGGAGUGCGAUAUGUUGCUGCAGUAAGCUAGUAUUGGAGAAAUCCGGGAUCGGCAGGUCGAGCGUCAAGGGGAUGGGAUUCGACGCUACCUGCUCGCUCGCGGUGCUUUCGCAGGAGACGGACGAGCCUAUUUCGGUUGCUGGCCCGACCUUUGAAGAUGGGAAGAGGAAUGUUAUCUGUUUGUGGCCCUCCCUGUCUUUCGUUUCGUGGCUCGAUUGGCUGAGCUUUGUGUGACUAGUGUGGAUGGAUCAUGUAUGAGGGCACUAGCCCACCCCCCCCCUCUCCGAUAGGGAUUAAGAAACGGCUCAAUUUACAGGCAUGGUGUAGCGCCCAGAAAAAGAGACCAAGGCGGUCAAUGCGGCAAAGCAUAAGCUCCUCCAAUAUGUCGGUGGGUCAAUGUCCAUCGAGAUGGAGAUCCCGAAGGUGCUCUGGUUAAAGAAUAACAUGCCCAGGGAGCUUUUCAACAAAUGCAAGUUCUAUGACCUGGCGGAUGCGCUCACACACAUGGCCACGGGGAAGGAAACGAGAUCCUACUGCAGCGCUGUGUGCAAGCAAGGAUUUGUCCCCGUAGGCGUUGAUGGGAGCGUUAAAGGUUGGCAGGGGGACUUCCUGGACGAUAUUGGAUUGCCAGAGCUGGCGGAGAAUGACUUUAUGAGGAUUGGAGGUGUGCAUGGAGCUGUAGCCUUCCCCCUCUUUUGCGCUGGUUCCUUUGGUGCGGUUUCUUACUAAUUAUCUACGGGUGGGGGGUAGAACGGGACGAUGCUAUCUGCCGGGGAGUUGGUUGGGGAGCUUAGCGAGAAGGCGGCGAAUGAACUUGGACUCGUUGCUGGGGUCAAGAUUGGCAGUGGGGUUAUCGACGCCUACGGGGGGUGGAUUGGAACUGUAGGGGCUAAAGUCGAGGUGCCGGGGGGGGAUUUGCUGCUCGAUGGUCAUGUGGGGAAUGAUCUCGAGCAACCUUUCCGCAGACUUGCGGCGGUUGCGGGGACUAGUACUUGUCAUUUGGUGAUGUCGAAGGAUCCGAUUUUCGUUCCGGGGGUUUGGUAAUUCUCCGGGUGCUUGCUUGCAUCUGCCGAUGUUUGUAGGACUAACUGGUAUUAGGGGGCCAUACCGUGACGUCCUGCUACCGGGUUAUUGGAUGGCGGAAGGCGGACAAUCAUCCACUGGAAGUCUUCUGCAAAAUGUUUUGUCAACGCACCCUUCGUACAAUGAAGCUCUGGAGAGGUCCAGAGAGCUUUCGAAAAACGUAUUUGAAUAUCUCAACGAGCACCUAGAGGCCCUGCGGAAAUCCGAAAACGUCCCCACAAUUGGCUACCUAGCCCGCCACCUCUUCUUCUACGGCGACAAGCACGGCAACCGUUCGCCGAUAGCCGAUGCGACCAUGCGCGGCGCAAUCGUGGGUCUAAGCAUGGACUCGAGUAUCAACGACCUCGCACUCCAAUACUUUGCGGCAAUGGAAUUCAUCGCCCAGCAAACACGCCACAUCAUAGGCACGCUGAAUGACCGGGGCCACCAGAUCACAAGCAUCUUCAUGAGCGGCGGGCAAUGCAAGAACAACAUCCUCAUGCACCUGAUCGCUGACGCAACCGGGUACCCAGUCGUGAUCCCCAGGUACAUUGAUGCAGCAGUCGUUCUGGGAGCCGCCAUGUUGGGUGCCAAAGCUGCGAGCGCCGACAGUGAGGGGAGAACUGAGAGCUUGUGGACUAUCAUGGAUAGGAUGAGCAAGCCCGGGAAGGCGAUUUACCCGACCGAGAAUGCCAAUGAGAAGAAGUUGCUUGGAGCAAAAUAUGAGGUGAGUUGCAUCGGUAGAAACUGUGAGCGGCGAGUUUGCUAAUGGUGGUGGAUGUAGGUCUUUUUGCGCAUGUCAGAGGCCCAACGGGCCUAUAGGGAUACGGUCGACUCUGCUAUUAAGGGUUGGAAGGCUUAGUUGGGUGGGGAAUGCUUAUCAUAGCUUGGGAGGUGUGCUUAUGGACCUAGUGAUAUCGUAUAACAUGGACGAUUUCUAGGUUAUGCUUUGGUGGUGGGGUUAACGCUGUGGACCAGGGUUUUGAUGCUUCCAUGCCCUAUGAUACCAGGGAGCCAUGAUAUUCUUUAUAAACCUUCACUUAGAUGCAAACACGGUAGCCGAUCGGUUGGUCUCUAGGUUAUCUAGCACCUAGCAAUAGCACCCGGGCCGAAAUCCGAGUGAUGUCCUGUGACGAGAAUACUCAUAGUCCUCCCGUCACCGUGAUUUAAUCGCAGACCCCAUCAUAU